GCCACCGAGUCCACAGAACGUCAUUCGCAGCACAAACGUCGAGCCGACUGGAGGUCCUCAAUUAAAGACCAGUCCGCAAGGAUCAGCGUUAUCAGUUUGUUGUUAAGUUUGCUUAGUUCCCGUUCUACGUUCUUCGUUCUACGUUCCCCGUUCACCGUUCACCGUUCUACGUUCCCGUUUUCCCCCAUUUUCUGUUUGCCCAAGUUCAAGUUUUAAUUAAAAAAAGAAACCACCCAACAAAUAAGUGGAGAGAAAGACCCAUCGAUGCCAUGGCCGCGACACAGACACCGACACAGAUACAAACCGAGAAGCUCAGCCACCCGCACAGCAUUGGCAUCCAGCUGCAGCACAAGGGGAUGCCCCACGGGCUCGGUUUGCUGACCACGGUGGCCUCGCUGCCCCAGUACCGCAGUCGCUACCUGAACCUGAAAACCAGGUGCGAAAUACCGCUCGAUCUAACGGUGAAGCUGCCCUCGCCGCUGCCCCACGGGGAUGUGCCCAUGGCGGCCACAUUCACGGAGGUCUACAGCGAGGUGGUGGCGGGUGAGAGUCCAAAGGAGGAGCCAUCACAGCAGGAGCAGCAGCAGCAGGUGCUAAACGAGGUUGAAGUGGUGGAACCUCCCAAAGUGGAGGAGGAGGUGGAGCCACAGCAGCUGAAACCCCCAACGCCACCGCAGAGUCCAACAGGCAAGCGCAAAUUGAGUCGCGAUAGCAGUGAUGAUGAUGGACACCCAGCUAAAAUGGCCAAAGUGGAGGCCACGCCAGCGAAGCCCAUCAAGGUGACCGAUACGGCCCCGAAAACCAGCAAGGCGUCCAGUUCGUCGGGGAAACCCAGCCGGAACAAGGCCACCCGGAAGCUAAAGUUCGACGAGGAGACCAGCUCACCGGUUUCGGGGACGAUUAUCCGACCGCUCGAGGACAUCACCGAUGGCACGAUGCAGUACAGCAACGGGGACAUCGACCCCAAGUACAACAUCGUUGAGAUCACGGAGGAGACCAAGGCGGAGCUGGCGGCCAUCAAGAACGUGAUUGGGGACUACGUGUGCCGGCUGUGCAAGAUCAAGUUCGAGGACGCCUUCGGGCUGGCGCGGCACCGGUGCGCCUGCAUCGUCCUGCUGGAGUACAGGUGCCCCGAGUGCGGAAAGCAGUUCAACUGCCCGGCCAACCUGGCCUCCCACCGCCGGUGGCACAAACCCCGGAAGGAGGCGGGCAAGAAGGAGAACCGCAACACCACCAACCAGCAGGAGAAGCAGCAAGAGAAGCAGCAGGAGAAGCAGCUGGAAAAGCAGCCGCAGCAGGAGUCGGUGAGGAAAGCCGAGGAGGAGCUGGCCUUCGAUUGCCGGGAGUGCGGCAAGCGGUUCAAGAGGGCCGCCUACCUGCGGAAGCACCAGCUGACCCACCAGAAGAAGCAGAAGUCGGUGGAUAUGCUGCCGCCGGCGAGUGCCACCACCAUCACGGGAAGCUUCCACUUCAAUCAGGCCGGGUGCUCCACCUCCUCGGCCAGCAGCUCGCACUCCGACGAGGGCGUCUACGUGGCGGGAGGCAGCAAUGCCAGGAGCAACUACGACUACGACAACGACUACCUCUCGGACAGCAGCUCGUCCGCCUCCUCGGCGGGCUACGGUCGCCUCCAGAUCGUGGAGCACGGCAUUACGGAGGAGGAGAGCAUUGCGGCAGCCGCUCUAACCAACUUGAGGAACUGCGCCUCGGUCAUCCAGCACACCACGAUGGCCCAUUGAAGUCGAGUGAGAUUCGUACUAUUAAGUUUAGUUGUUAGUUGAAGAGCCCUCGUGGGUUCAAUGCAGCUGAAGCAGACCAAAGAACUAGUUUUAUUCAACGGAAAUUUCCGUUUCCCCUUCGUAUUCUUAGUUAGCCGUAAAGUUUAGUCCUUAGUUCCGAUUUAGUUUCGUUUGCAAGAUGAGUUCAGUUCUAGUCAGACUCUGAUUUGUAUCCGUACUUCGGUCCACAUUCCAAAUUCAGUUUCACUUAGUUCUAGUCAGUGAAUCCAAAGAAUCUUGGCACUAGUCAGUCAGCUUCAAUACGAUCUCGAAAAGAAGGUGUCUCUUGAGUACCAGGCAGGCAUUUUUACUAGUCUUUAGUUUUAGCUAGUUUAGGAACUUUUGGGAGUGCAAGAAUAUAAAGAAAAUCAUCUAGUCAUAUAUCAUUUAAGCUCAGAAAUACCAAAGAUCCUUUCUUACUAACCUUCCCUGUCUUUUAUGAAUCACUAACCCUUUUCUCAUACUUCAUCUUUCAUAAAUCAAUUAUCACGCCUUUCAUUAAAUCUCCAACUCAUAACUCAAACUUCACACGUUCAAAAAAACCAUUUUCAUGACUCAUUCUCACAGUCAUCUUUUCACUCAUCUCAUAUAUAAAUUAUACAUAAAUUUUUCCCGCAUUUCAUCUUCCUACUAAUAUCUAAACCAAACUUUAACCCUUCUUUCACUUUCCCCAACUCACAACCAAAAUUCUCGUGUCAUUCUAGUCAUAAGUUCUUGCAUUCCUUCUAGUCGUAUUAGGUUAAUAACUUCUAUAAGUCAGUUUCAUUUCGAUCUUACUAAGUUUGUACAAACAAAUAUCAUUCUUCAAUUUCGGAUAAAGCUUUAGACAUUUUUAGGUUAUAUACCGAAACAAAAUUCAGGCAAAAUUGUGCAGUAAUAGCUCUUAAGUUCGAACCAAACCAAACAGCAAAACCAAAUCCUAGUUUAAACAAAAUCCAAACCCAGUGUGUUGGUGAACCAAAGUCGAGUGUGAACUCUAGUCAUUUUAGCCACCUAAGAUUGGGGAAUCAGUCAGUUCUCAGUUUAGUUUAGUUUACUUCUAGUUAGGCAUAGAAACGGACAUUGGACCAGCGUCUCACUACCAGUCAAAGUAUUGAACAGUACAACCUAGCUAUAAGGGCCUCAGGCUCCAGAACCGGCGGUUGUGUACUUAAAGCAAUAACAUAAGGAUUCCCCCCGAAUCGGGACAAUAUCACAGCGCUAUUGUUCCUUAGCAUCUGUUUGUGUAAAUUGGUUGUAACCGCAGAGUACAACGAAAUGGGAAACUUUCGCUCAACAUAGGAAUUAACUAACUCUAAGCUAUAUCAUACGGAACCAUAUCGGUUGAGAUUUUGUGAUACUAAACACUAAGCCUAAAGUUUACAAGAGAAUCGUUGUGCUCGUUGUGCAGUAACAAUAAGCUAAGAGUAAUCAGAUCAUUGUACCAAAUAUUUUUAUACGUAAUAUACACAUAAACCGCAAAUAUUUUUAUACAAAAAACUAACUUUGGAAAGUAAAUAAAAAUUGUAAAUUAUAAAAAAAAACUUGAUAAAAAAGAAGUACUGAAAAUGUAAACUUAUUUUUAUACAAUAUCAAAUAUUUUUAUACAAAAACCACCCUUGGAAAGCCCAUAAAAAUUGUAAAUGA